AUGGAGAUCUCCUCUCAUCAGUCCCACCUCCUGCAGCAACUGAAUGAGCAGCGCAGGCAAGAUGUCUUUUGUGAUUGCAGCAUUCUGGUUGAGGGGAAGGUCUUCAAAGCGCAUCGAAAUGUAUUAUUUGCUAGCAGCGGCUACUUCAAAAUGCUCCUUUCUCAGAAUUCAAAGGAGACAAGUCAGCCAACCACAGCUACUUUUCAGGCCUUCUCCCCUGACACUUUUACGGUUAUCCUGGACUUCGUCUAUUCCGGCAAACUCUCUCUCACUGGUCAGAACGUCAUAGAAGUGAUGUCAGCCGCUAGCUUCCUUCAGAUGACUGAUGUCAUUAGCGUAUGUAAGACCUUUAUUAAAUCUUCGCUAGACAUUAGUGAGAAAGAAAAAGAUCGCUAUUUCAGUCUCUCCGAUAAAGACGCCAAUUCUAACGGUAUAGAACGUUCCUCCUUUUAUAGCAGUGGCUGGCAAGAAGAAAGCAGUUCUCCGCAUUCUCACCUAAGCUCAGAUCAAGGAACAGGUGUAAUAAGUGGAAAAUCUUGGAGUAAGUAUAAUUACCAUCCAGCCUCCCAAAGGAAUACUCAACAGCCUUUGACCAAGCAUGAACAAAGGAAAGAUUCCAUUAAAAAGUCCAAACAUUUGAGGUUGUCACAGCCUUCUGAAGUUGCUCCUUACAAGUCAAGCAAACGAGAAGCACGAACAUCAGAUUCUUCCAGCCACAUUUCCCAAUCUGAAGAACAAGCACAAAUUGAUGCUGACAUGGACUCUACUCCUGUUAGCUAUCCGUAUGGUCCAGGAUCUGAUGUCACAUCCAGAAGCUUUCCAGAUGAUCUGCCCCGGAUGCGGUUCAAGUGCCCAUACUGCACACACGUGGUGAAGCGAAAGGCGGACCUGAAGCGUCACCUUCGCUGCCACACGGGAGAAAGACCCUAUCCCUGUCAAGCCUGUGGGAAGAGAUUUAGCAGGCUGGACCACCUCAGUAGCCACUUCCGAACAAUUCACCAGGCAUGCAAACUAAUCUGCAGAAAAUGCAAACGCCACGUGACUGAUCUAACAGGGCAAGUGGUCCAGGAAGGAACCAGGCGCUACAGACUCUGUAAUGAGUGCCUCGCUGAAGUGGGCAUAGACAGCCUCCCCAUUGAUUUGGAAGCUGAACAGCAUCUUAUGUCCCCAUCAGAUGGAGAUAAGGAUUCCAGAUGGCACUUGAGUGAAGAUGAGAAUAGAUCAUACGUGGAGAUUGUAGAGGAUGGAUCUGCUGAUCUGGUCAUACAACAGGUUGAUGAUAGUGAAGAGGAAGAAGAGAAGGAGAUAAAGCCUAACAUUAGGUAG